GCCAAGUGGAGUAUGACCUUUUCCAGGAAUGGUGGUUCUAUGUGUUGAUGUUCUUCAUUAUCUAUGCCUUUGCUGUGGCAGUCCAUCUAUUUUUCGACUACCGUCAAUGGGAAUCGGACCGAGUGAAACUUCUCAUGGAAGAGGCUGCUACUGCCUCAUCAAGACCGGAUGCAAAGAGGCAAAGUGUGAAGUCAGAAACUGCCAAGCACAUUAGCAUGCCGUUCUCAAGUCUUUGUUUGGCAUGUUUAUGUGGGGUCCCUUUGCUUGAAUCAUUGAUACGAACCACACAGCAAUAG